ACAAAUUUAUAUUAAGCCCUAUGCAGUAUGCACAUGUAAAAUGUAUACAUUGUUUUCUCAAACUUAUAAUACAGCCAUAUUUUUGUUAGGUGAGGAUGACGAACAAAUAUUGUAUCAAAUAUAUAAAUAGAAACAUAACCUUGUUUCUAGUUAAUGUGAGAGACUAACAUAAUCUUCCACCACCAAAAAAAUCUUCAACCAUGGAACUCUUCUUUAUGUGUGGGCUAGUCCUUUUCCUCUCCCUAUCUCUAGCCUCCUUCUUCCUUUUCUAUAACCACCAUAGAACCCGGGGGUACAAGCUACCCCCGGGCAAGAUGGGGUGGCCGGUGGUGGGCGAGUCAUUUGAAUUUUUUCAAACCGGGUGGAAAGGUUACCCGGAAAAGUUCAUAUUUGAUAGACUGAACAAGUACACCCCAAGCCAAGUGUUCAAGACUUCCAUCGUAGGAGAAAAGGUUGCGGUUUUAUGUGGCGCGGCGGGUAACAAGUUCUUGUACUCAAACGAGAACAAGUUAGUACAAGCUUGGUGGCCUAGCUCUGUUGAUAAGAUCUUUCCUUCUUCUACCCAAACUUCCUCCAAAGAAGAGGCUAAGAAGAUGCGGAAACUCCUCCCUAACUUCCUCAAGCCCGAGGCUUUACAUAGGUACAUACCCAUCAUGGAUAGCAUUGCCAUCCGGCACAUGGAGUCCGGGUGGGAGGGAAAGGACAAGGUAGAAGUCUUCCCUUUGGCUAAGAAUUACACCUUCUGGCUGGCUUGCCGACUCUUCUUAAGCGUCGAGGACCCGGCUCAUGUAGCCAAGUUCUCCGAACCAUUCAACGACAUAGCCGCAGGGAUCAUCUCGAUGCCAAUCGACCUCCCCGGAACACCCUUCAACCGAGGGAUCAAGUCGUCUAACGUCGUAAGGAAAGAGUUGAGGGCCAUCAUAAAGCAGAGGAAACUUGACUUAGCAGAUGGCAAGGCUUCACCUACACAAGAUAUUCUGUCUCAUAUGUUGUUGACUUGUACUGAAGAUGGCAAGUUUAUGAGUGAAAUGGAUAUUGCUGAUAAGAUUCUGGGACUUCUUAUUGGUGGACAUGAUACUGCUAGUGCUUCUUGUACUUUUGUUGUUAAGUUUCUUGCUGAGCUUCCUCACAUAUAUGAAGGUGUCUACAAAGAGCAAAUGGAGAUAGCAAAUUCAAAAAAAGCAGGAGAACUUCUAAAUUGGGAGGACAUACAAAAAAUGAAAUACUCAUGGAAUGUAGCUUGUGAAGUUAUGCGUUUGGCUCCUCCACUUCAAGGUGGUUUCAGGGAAGCCCUUUCUGAUUUCAUGUAUAACGGAUUCCAAAUCCCCAAGGGCUGGAAGUUAUAUUGGAGUGCAAAUUCAACACAUAUGAACCCGGAAUGCUUCCCGGAGCCCAAGACGUUCGACCCAUCGAGGUUCGACGGUACGGGACCAGCACCAUACACAUACGUCCCCUUCGGAGGAGGACCGAGAAUGUGCCCGGGCAAGGAGUAUGCAAGGCUAGAGAUAUUAGUGUUCAUGCACAACGUUGUCAAGAGGUUUAAAUGGGAAAAAAUGCUUCCUGAUGAGAAGGUUAUUGUCAAUCCCAUGCCUAUCCCAGAACAUGGCCUUCCUGUCCGCCUUUUCCCUCAUCCUCGAACUGUAGCUGCUUAAUUUCUUGAGGGGUUUUUGUAAUGUUAUUGUAUUAGAAUAUUAGAAUUACUUUAUGGGAUAUUGUUACACUAUGUGUUUGUUUGAUGUAUGCACAUUAAGUGUUAUUGAUUCGUCACUUAUGAAUCUAAAUAAGAUAUAGAAUUAAUUUAUAUAAACAUGCUCCAUAUUCAAAUAAAGUGUUACAUUUUCGUUA